AUGAGUGAAGUAAUCUCAGGGCCUCUAGACCGUUCUGAAAAACUAGAUGCUUUGCAUGAAGAAAAGAGAGGCAGAAGAUCCGAUGCGGAGAACUCGGAGGAUGAAAGGAAGACUCGUAUUGAGUCUCUUAAGAAGAAGGCUAUCAAUGCCUCCACAAAGUUUCGGCAUUCUUUGACGAAAAGGAGUAAGAAGCACAGCAGAGUCAUGUCUGUUUCUAUUGAGGAUGUACGCGAUGCUGAGGAAAUGAGUGUCGUUGAUGCAUUCCGACAAAUUCUCGUCUUAGAAGAGCUUCUUCCUUCAAGACAUGACGAUUAUCACACCAUGCUUAGAUUUUUGAAGGCAAGGAAGUUUGAUAUCGAGAAAGCGAAGCAAAUGUGGACGGAUAUGCUUAAAUGGAGAAAGGAGUUUGGUGCCGAUACUGUCCUCGAGGACUUUGAAUUUAGUGAAAUUGAUCAAGUCCUAGAACACUAUCCACAAGGUCAUCAUGGAGUUGAUAAAGAAGGCAGACCUGUUUAUAUUGAAAGACUGGGACAGAUUGAUGUUACUAAGUUGAUGCAAGUUACAACCAUGGAUCGGUAUGUUAAAUACCAUGUCAGAGAGUUCGAGAAAACAUUCGAUGUCAAAUUCCCGGCUUGUUCUAUCGCCGCGAGGCGCCAUAUUGAUCAAAGCACAACAAUUCUUGAUGUGCAGGGUGUGGGCUAUAAACAUCUCACUAAGGCUGCACGUGAACUCAUCGGUUGUCUUCAGAAGAUCGACGGAGAUAACUAUCCUGAGACCCUGUGCCAAAUGUUCAUCAUCAAUGCAGGCAGUGGAUUUAGACUGCUAUGGAACACUAUUAAAACUUUCCUUGAUCCUAAGACAACCUCAAAGAUUCAUGUUCUUGGAAACAAGUACCAGAGCAAGCUUCUUGAAGUGAUUGAUGCAAGUGAAUUGCCGGAGUUUCUUGGAGGUACCUGCACAUGCGCCGAGCAUGGUGGUUGUCUUCGUUCCGACAAAGGUCCAUGGAAGGACCCCGAAGUCCUAAAGAUGGUUCAAAACGGUGCGGCUAAAUGCGGAAAACACAAGAAAAAUCCAUCCAUAGAUGAGAAGACCAUCUCCGAGGAUGAGAUAUUGUAUCCAAAGGAUUCUAUUUCUGCGAAGACUUUCUUGGAAGACGAUGACAAAUCCAUCUCUUCUAAACUUCCAAGAAGUAUGAUUGAGCACCCUCAUUUGUCUCCUGUUCAUGAAGAAAUAGCCAGCUCUGACUACAAGUUUCCACCCGUGGCCUCAUAUGUUUAUGAUGAUUUUGCUCCCAUGGUCGACAAAGUCGUAGAUGCUUUAUCGAAUAAAGAAGCGAUGAAUCAAACACUAGCGAUCAAUAAAGGUAAUGCAGGGGCUUGUGAGUUUCAAGAUCUUGCGAAGAUCUCAGAAGGGAUGAUGAGUAACAACAUCCUUUCCGGGAUCAUGGCAUUGAUCAUGGGCAUUGUAACUGUUAUCAGAGUAUCAAAAGCAAUGCCGAGGAAAAUUGUUAGUGCAGCACUUGAUUAUGCUAGCAAUACUUGCUCUGCAGAAAACAUGGAGAAAGGCCGGACACAGCUGCCGGCACAAACGGUGACCAUCUCGACCACUGAAUACUCUGCCAUGUUGAAGCGUCUUUGUGAUUUGGAAGAAAAAGUAAGCAUCAUGAGUACGAAGCCCGUUGAAAUGCCGGCCGAGAAGGAGGAGAUGUUGAAGACUGCUGUAAGCCGCGCUGAGUCUUUGGAAGCUGAACUUAAUGCAACAAAGAAGGCAUUGGAGGAUGCUCUUGUAAGACAAGGGGAGAUGGCUGCUUAUAUUGAUAGCAAGAAGAAGAAGAAGAAGAAGAAGAGCAAGUUGAAUCCAUUCUGCUGGUGAAGAAAGUGAAAAGAGAUGAUGAAGAUGAAGAUGAAGAUGAAGAUGAAGAUAAAG